GGUUUGCUUCCGGUUGACGCCCGGAAGUGAAGAUUAGAAAGUGGGAGUCGCUGGUCUUGGUUCUUCCCGGUUCUGCCUCUUGCUCGUUUUCCCCGAUUCGGUUUGUUUUCGCUGCCCAAUGCAUCCGCGGCGCCCCGAGGGCUUCGACGGCCUGGGCUAUCGGAGCGCCCGAGAGGAGCCCGGAGGCUUCGCGGCCAAGCCGGACCUAGGCCACUGGGUCACUACCCCGCCUGACAUUCCUGGCAGCCGCAAUCUCCAUUGGGGUGAAAAGACGCCGCAGUUCGCCGCAGGCACACCUUUAGUGGCGGCUGGGCUCAACGAGGACCCGUACCUAGGAGGCGCUGGCACCAACUCCGAACAAUUAAAUCGGUUUGCAGGCUUUGGGAUUGGAUUGGCAAGUUUAUUCACAGAAAAUGUACUGGCUCAUCCUUGCAUCGUUUUGCGUCGGCAAUGCCAGGUUAAUUAUCAUGCCAAGAAUUAUCACCUUACUCCGUUUACAAUCAUCAACAUUAUGUAUAGCAUCAAUAAAACACAGGGCCCCAGAGCUCUUUGGAAAGGAAUGGGGAGUACUUUCAUUGUCCAGGGUAUAGCCCUUGGAGCAGAAGGGAUCAUCAGUGAAUUCACACCCUUGCCAAGAGAAAUUUCAUACAAAUGGAAUCCCAAGCAAAUAGGAGGACAUCUGACCCUAAAAGCGUUGACUUGUAUGAUAGCAAUGCCUUUUUAUUCAGCAAGUUUGAUUGAAACUGUGCAAAGUGAAAUCAUUCGGGAUAAUCCUGGAAUUUUGGAUUGCCUGAAAGAGGGCAUAGGCAGAGCAAUGGGCUUUGGAAUUCCCCAUAGCAAGCGGCUACUCCCUCUAUUGGCAUUGACCUUUCCAACAGUUCUGCAUGGAGUUCUUCAUUACAUAAUCAGCUCGGCAGUCCAGAAACUGGUCCUCUUCUUCCUAAAGAAAGAGAAUUCUCCAAGCUUCCCAGCUGAGAACUCUAAUUCUGUACAAAACAUGUUGGAUGCUUAUUUUCCUGAACUUAUUGCAAGCUUUGCUGCCAGUCUUUGUGCAGAUGUUAUGCUUUAUCCACUGGAGACAGUUUUGCAUCGCCUUCAUAUUCAAGGGACACGCACCAUCAUUGACAAUACAGACCUCGGAUAUGAAGUUCUCCCCAUCAAUACACAGUAUGAAGGGAUGAGAGACUGUAUCAAUAGUAUAAAACGUGAAGAGGGAAUGUUGGGGUUUUACAAAGGUUUUGGGGCUGUAAUUGUACAGUACACGCUGCAUGUAGCUGUACUACAGCUUACAAAAGUUCUUUACUCCACACUGCUUCAGAACAUUUCUUAAUAACUAGUGGACAUGGCCAUUUAGUUGGCUACAUUUUCAGAAAAUAAGUACAGUAGUGAAAUCUGAAAUAUUAAAUAUAUAGUAAUGGUUCCUUCAUAAAAAAAACAAAGGCAAAUGUUUCCUUUACACAGGCUAUGGUAAGAGGAAAUUGAAAUGUGUAGAUCAACACAGGCUUUUAAAAUAUUGAAAUGUAAAUAAAAUAUUAGAAGGCAUUUUAUAUAUCUGUGCAGAGUUGUGAUUUUCAGAAUGAUGACAGAUAGUAGAUACAAUUUCACUGGCAAUUUCUGCUGCAUAACUCUUAUAAAUAAAUUAUAGCUACAUAGAAAUAAAGCUGUGUCCUGUUUAAAGCCUUGUCUCUUCUUAGAGAGACCUACACUGAAGAUUGUUAAUGUGAAAUUAAUUUGGCAGUCUUGGAGUAAAUUGAGAAAGCUAUGUACUUCGUCAGUUUUGUUGAAGGAUUAUUGCUAAUAUCAAUAGUACAAAUGUGAACAGCAUUUUUACACACUGUAGUCUUGUUUUACAGAGUACUUUUUUCCCCAUAUUGUGUUGAUUAAACAGUAUGUGGUACUCCCCAAAAAAUCAAAGCCGAAAAUUGUUCCAUAAAAGGAAACUGGUUGAAAUCGUUCUACUUAAUUGCUGAGAAGAAUAUUUGUUAUAGUUGGCACUACUAGAAUUGUUCAUACAGUAUUGGAAUUCUGCCUCACCACAAUAUGAGCUCUCAGAAGAAUGUCAUAAGUGGAUAUUAGUUUAGCUGUGUACCUUCCCUAAGACAACAUCAAAAUACAUUCCAGUGCAGGUUAGUUAAAUUCAGUUAAAGUGAAUAUAUUCCAAAUAAAUAUAAGUCAUUUAUAUAUAACAUAUGUAACAUAUGACAAACAUAAGAUCUGUCAUAUAUAACAAAACAAGGAAUGUUUUGUUGAUAAUUGUCUCAGCACAAUAUCAUAGCUUUUCAUUAGAGCUAUUAUUAAUUUGAAAUACCCCAUUUCAAAUGUGAAACAGGUAGGAAAUAUUUUAAGCUUGAAGCACAGAGAUUUAAACUCAGAAUAGUGCUGUUUUAAAUUAAGAACAGAAAUGCUUCAAAACACUUCAAAAGUGAUCAAAAUAACCCGCUUUCUACUUGACAGUUUUACACUAAAAUAGCAUUUUGAAUUCAAAUGGGUUGAACUGGAAAUAGUUGCACAUCGCUAAUUGUUUUCAAAUUUUAGACCAAAGUAGAAGAGAGGUUGCUUUCAGUAUUGCUGAUAUUUUUUCAAGAAUUGAAUUGAAAUUCAUCUAGGAAAUCUGGCUGAAUUUGGUGAUCUUUAUAUUUCCCAACCACAGCAUAUAUUGUAAUUUUAGCUAUUUAAAUCCUUGCUUAUUUUUUUUUCUGGAAUAGCUGGGGGUAGAGCAGAAUUCUUUUACCUAUCCGUAUAGUAUACAACUCUGGACUGCAGUCCAUAGUAUGUUCCCUUUUAAAAUGACCUAAUUUUAUUUCAAAACCUAAUACAUUAGAUAUCUAUUUGCUUCUAUGUCCGGGCUUGAUCUAAUGGAAAAUGUACAAAGAUGUAUUUUACAAUGCAUAAGUGCUUUGGAAAAGUUCCUGUCCCUUCCAGCAAUCAAUGUGUGGUAAAAUACUAUGUGUGUCUUAUGAUUUUACAAAACAAUAUUUCAGUUCAAACUUUAUGUACAAAAUUCUAAUUUAUGGGAUAUGUCUACUAAAUACACUCAUGAAUUAUGGAGCACUUCAAAUAAUUUUUGAAAAGAAAUUGAAAUGGAACAAGUUAACCUUAUUAAUUAAUUUUGUAGUUAUCAAAGAAUUGGUGUGAGAAUUGAAGACAUCAGGCAAUUUCUCUUGUAUCUGGACUGUUUUGCCAAAAUAAAUGUUCCAAACAAAUGAAUUGAGAAGAGGGUAACAGUAACACAUUUCAGCUUUUCAAUGUAUCUCAUAGAUGUAAUUUUUUCACAAUGCUUCUGCUAGGUUGAAUGCUAGUAUCCUAAAGGAAUUGUACACUUUGUAAGCUUUAAUAAAGCUGUAAAUUGUGCUGUGAUGAACUUGUGGAUCCUCACUUUACAAAAUAUGUUUCUCAGAAUUCUGGAGAAAAUUUAAAUAAAAAUUAAUACAAA